AUCCGCUCCUUGCCUCCUUCCCCCGCUCCGCCCCAUUAUACACCGCAGCGAUGGACCACAUCAGCCAUGUCGAUAUCCAGCACUUGAAGAAGGGGGAGGUCAAUCUUGGGACCUCGAUCAUGGCCGUGCAAUUCAAGGAUGGCGUCGUGAUUGGCGCGGACAGUCGCACGACGACAGGGAGCUACAUUGCAAACAGGGUCACUGACAAGUUGACGCACAUUCACGACCGCAUCUACUGCUGUCGAUCUGGGUCCGCGGCAGACACCCAAGCCGUGGCAGAUAUCGUCCACUACCAACUACAGAUGCAUGCGCAACAAGCCGGCGAGCGCCCAUCCGUACACAUCGCCGCGUCCAUCUUCCAGAAAUUAUGCUACGAGAACAAGGAUGCGCUCUCUGCCGGUAUUAUUGUCGCAGGCUGGGACAAAGAGAUUGGCCCUAGCGUCUACAACAUCCCCCUUGGCGGUGGCAUGUUCCGUCAACCAUGGGCCAUUGGAGGCUCUGGCUCAACAUACGUCUACGGUUACUGCGACGCGACAUAUCAGGAAGGCUGGGGCCGCGACGAGACCGUGAACUUCGUUAAGAAUACCCUCGCCCUCGCCAUGUCCCGUGAUGGCUCGUCUGGCGGUGUCAUCCGCAUGUGCGUCAUCACCGAGGGCGGCGUCGAGCGUUUGUUCGUUCCAGGUAACGAGCUGCCGCGAUUCUGGGAGGGCAAGGAGGUGCUCGGUGCGGACGCGCCCAGCAACAAGGUCAUCCCGCCAGAUGUUGCUCCGAUGGUUGUCGAGGCGUAGGUAGAGAUAUUCAAUGUAUAAGUAUCCAGCAGGGAAAUUACUUCACGCAUGUAAAAACCACCUCCCAAAGAUUCGGAGCGACAAUCUCAGCGCGCUGCCAUUUGCUUACCCUCUCCCCCCAAACCGGC